UUAAGUUUUUCAUACUACAUUACUCCAAAAUCAAAAUUCUAGAAAAUGUAUGGCCAAGAAUUUGUACAAAAAAACUCGGAUUUUUUAAGAAAUGCAUUAACAUAAAACAAUUAUAAAUCUUUUGAUUAUCGCUAGCACGUGCGCUCACACACACGCAUAUGCCGAUUUAUAUAUAAACCCUAAAAGGACAGUUGAUUUGAUCAUAAUGUAUUUGGAAUACUUCUCUAAAAGGAAUCAUGGGUUCAAAACACAUGAGAGUAAAAAGGCCUACAUCUAACUCUCCAAGGAAUGCACCAAAACCCAAUUCACCAAUUGCCUCAGAGUCUAAGCUCAUCCCUUCCAAAGCUCCAAAAGAUCGCCAUGCCAAGGUUCAUGGGCGGGAUCGACGUAUCCGCCUUCCACCAUUGUGUGCUGCUCGUGUGUUUCAGCUAACUCGUGAGCUCGGAAACAAAACAGAUGGUCAGACGGUAGAGUGGCUGUUGAAGAAGGCUGAACCAUCCAUUAUUGCCUUAACUGGUAAAAAUAUUGCUUCUGCUACUCUAGAUUUGCCUGGCUGCAGCAAGCCUUGUGAUCCAUCUUCAUCAAACACUAAUUCUACUACUACAAGUUAUUUUGAAGAAGAAACCCUUGGUGGAAACAACUAUGCAUUCCCAAUGGUUAAUGAAUGCAUACCUUUGCCAAACUAUGAAUUCGAUUUGGUCUCGGAUUUUGAUAUGGAACUUUUUGCUCAUCACAUUGCUACACUUCAAGAAGUGGCAGAAAACUCUGAGCAAGAAACCGAGGAUGACGAUGACUGAAGAUUUAGAUUAAUGGCAGUUUAUGACAUGUAAUCGAAAUAAAUAAUGGUAUCUCUCUCUAUAUGGCCAAGAUGAUAGAUAUGGAGAAGUAUGAACGUUAUAUUUGCAAGUGAAAAAGGAAAGUAACUAAUAAUCAAAGAAUGAAAGAAAACUUGUUAUGUUCUUUGUUAAAAAA